CGCCGGGCCGCAGGUCGAGCCGGGCCGGGCCGCAGAUGAGCCCCGUCGGGCUGCUCCCGCGCUGAGAGUCUGAGGCGCGCCUGCCAGCGCCCGCCGCCCGCCAUGUCCCAGAUGCUGCAUAUCGAGAUCCCCAACUUUGGGAACACUGUGCUGGGCUGCCUGAACGAGCAGCGCCUCCUGGGCCUCUACUGCGAUGUGUCCAUCGUGGUCAAGGGCCAGGCCUUCAAGGCCCACCGAGCCGUGCUGGCCGCCAGCAGCCUCUACUUCCGCGACCUGUUCAGUGGCAACAGCAAGAGCGCCUUCGAGCUGCCAGGCACGGUGCCACCAGCCUGCUUCCAGCAGAUCCUGUCUUUCUGCUACACGGGCAAGCUGACCAUGGCAGCCAGCGAGCAGCUCGUGGUCAUGUACACGGCCGGCUUCCUGCAGAUCCAGCACAUUGUGGAGCGUGGCACUGACCUCAUGUUCAAGGUCAGCUCACCCCACUGCGACUCACAGACCGCCAUGAUUGAGGACGCCAGCUCUGCACCCCAGAGCCCCUGCAACCAGCUGCAGCCUGCCGCUGCCACGCCCUAUGUCGUGUCCCCCUCGGUGCCCAUCCCGCUGCUGACCCGCGUGAAGCACGAAGCCAUGGAGCUGCCGCCAGCUGCUGGCCCUAGCCUAGCCCACAAGCGCCCCCUGGAGACGGGGCCCCGGGACAGCGUGGCGGUGGCAGCAGGCGCCACGGUGGCAGCUGGUGCAGCCCCCCUCAAAUUGCCCCGUGUUUCCUACUAUGGGGUGCCCAGCCUGGCCACCCUCAUCCCCAGCAUCCAGCCGGUGCCCUACACCCAGGGCGAGAGGACCAGUCCGGGGGCCAGCAGCCUGCCUACCACUGACAGCCCCACCUCCUACCACAACGAGGAGGACGAGGAGGAGGAUGAGGCCUACGACACAAUGGUGGAGGAGCAGUAUGGCCAGAUGUACAUCAAGUCAACUGGCAGCUAUGCAGUACAAGAGAAGCCGGAGCCGGUGCCGCUGGAGAGCCGCUCCUGCGUCCUCAUCCGCCGCGACCUGGUGGCCCUGCCUGCCAGCCUCAUCAGCCAGAUCGGGUACCGCUGCCACCCCAAGCUCUACUCGGAGGGGGACCCUGGCGAGAAGCUGGAGCUGGUGGCAGGCUCCGGGGUGUACAUCACGCGGGGCCAGCUGAUGAAUUGCCACCUGUGCGCGGGGGUGAAACACAAGGUCCUGCUGCGGAGGCUCCUGGCCACCUUCUUUGACAGGAACACGCUGGCCAACAGCUGCGGCACCGGCAUCCGCUCCUCCACCAGCGACCCCAGCCGCAAGCCUCUCGACAGCCGUGUCCUGAAUGCUGUGAAACUGUACUGCCAGAACUUCGCCCCAAGCUUCAAGGAGAGUGAGAUGAACGUGAUUGCUGCCGACAUGUGCACCAACGCCCGCCGCGUCCGCAAGCGUUGGCUGCCCAAGAUCAAGUCCAUGCUGCCCGAGGGCGUGGAGAUGUACCGCACGGUCAUGGGCUCCUCGGCUGCCAGUGUGUCCCUCGACCCCGACUUCCAGCCCGCCGCCGCUGCUGCCCAGGUGUUCGAGCAGCGCAUCUUCGCAGAACGCCGGGGCGACGCAGCUGCCAUCGUGGCUCUGAGAACGGACACCGUGAAUGUAGACCUGGGUGCUGCCGCCACCGCCAACCCCGCCUUCGAGGCCGGCGAGGAGGCCGAUGGGGCUGGCUCAGUCAUCCAGGAGGUGGCUGCAUCUGAGCCACUGCCCGCCGAUGGCCAGAGCCCUCCCCAGCCCUUCGAGCAGGGCAGUGCCAGCUCCAGCCGGCCCGAGACGCCGGCUCGGAGACCGGAGGUGGGCAGCUACCCUGGGACUUUGUAAGAGCGAGCGAGCGAGUGAGCGAGUGGAGGAAGGUGUGGCCGCGGACCGUAGGGGUCUCAGCACUAGAGCUGCUUGCAUGCAUUACUAAUACAGACCAGUGUGGCCAGCCACCCCCACUGAACUGCUACUGUUGCCUGAAAACAAUGUGACUUUAUCCUGCUUGUAUCGAAAACUUAUGAAGGAAACUAUUGCAUUCGUUAUACUGUAAGCGAUUAGGUCACUGGCGACCUAGUUGCAAGAAGGUCCCAGGGCUCCUUUUGAUAUUCCCCAGGUUAGUCUCCAAGUGGUAGCUUUUCCUCCCCUGGGGGUGGGGCCCUGGUACCCAGCCCUGCCCUCCUCCCCUCCCUCCCUUCUUGCCCUUCUGCCCAGGAAGACGAAGCCAGCUGCCACCAGCAGCCUGUGGUGUGGGGGGACGUCCAUCAUGUGACCCUCCAUUCCUUACCCAUGGAGACCCCAGCUGCUCCUCUGGGGCCGUGGGGCUGGGCUGGGCCUUCAGGGGACAAACUCCUCUUGUUUUUCUUUUUUUUUUCUGAGAUCCUGGGGGUCAGGCCCACCCAGGUCCACUGCACACGUGUGUAUGUGUGAGCACGUGUGUGUGCACGCAUGUUCGUGCAGGGAACGGUGUGGACGGACAGCAGCAGGGGUGUUGCGAGUCCCUGUGGUGAGGAAGGGUCCUUGGCUGCUCCUUGUCCCCCCUGCCCCAUGCUGUGUCCCCAUUCAGCCUGGUCCCCCUGAGCCACCCAGGGACAAGCUGCCCACUGUCCUGGGCUGGGGGCAUCUGUGCUCUUCAGGGGAGGGGUGCUCUAGCAGCAGCCCGCUGCCUCCUCUGCCACGUAGGGAUUCUGCCUGUUUGAUUUUUGUUUUUAUUUUAAUUGAGGUCUGUUUCAUAUGUUUUGGACCCAAAAGAGCAAAAAUUGAGGAGGAAUGGGUGUCCCUGCCCCCAGCCACUUGUGCUUGGGGGCGGUCAUCUGUGGUGGUCAGGGGACAUUCCCCUGCCCUGUCACCCCAAGCUGGGUCCCACUCACCUCCCACCAGGGGCAGAGGGGACCUUGGGUGGGGGCAACUUCUGGGGCCAGGCCCUGCCAGGCGGGAAGCACAGCCUGGGCUUGGCCGGGGGCUGCCUUGGGGCCCCUCUUACACGUGCCUUGGGGCACCACCCUCCCUGAUGGUGCUGAGGCUGUGAUGGGAGGUGGUGGGCACGGGCACCCAGACAACUAGGAGGGGGGCCCGGAGCAGGGUAGGGGGCAGUGAGGAAGGGCCCCAGGAGGCUGACCUGCCCCUUUGAGAGUCAGUCUCUCUUUUGGGCUGGGCGUAGAUGCACAGGGCUUGAAGGGCUGUGGCUGCCUGGCUAGGGACUCCCAGGCAGGGCCAUCUGCUGCUUCCUCCCAGCCCUUGGCACCCUGUCCCUCCAUUGCUGAGUGGACCACCCUCUGUCCUUCUGUCCGUCCGUUGCUCUGACCCCACGGCCUCCCAUCCUUUCUGCCCACAGCCCUCUCCCUCCCCCUGCCCACCAAACGCUGAGGCCCUCCCUCAACUGGAGGGUCGGGGGCUUGGCCCUGCCACAGGGGGCUUGGUGAGGGGACAGAUAGAGGGCUUUUGGACCUUCUCUGGCUCUUCAGCCAUGCUCCCCUCCCUCCAGGGAGAGGUGGUAUGGAGGAAGGCUCCUUCCUGACUGAGCUCUCCGCUCUUGGACCUCCUCUAGCUGGGCCAAGCACAUGCCUGCCUUCCAGAAAGAUCUGGUAGUUCCAGAAAGAGGAUUGGAAUAGAGGCAGACAGUGUGGGUACUUAUCUCGCCCUUCCACCCACUCCCCAGCCAAGCCCAGCAGGCCCAGGCCCUACGUCUCCCUAAGCGUGGCUGCAGGGAGCAAGCAGGCUUCCGCUGUGGCUGACACCCCUGGUCCCAGGGGCCCCUGCCUCCUCCUGCCAAGGAACCAACCAGGGGCCAGGAUGGGUCUUCCUGGAGUUGGGAGGGGCCUUGGGUGCGUCUCCACUCUCCUGUGACCAUGGGCAGUGGAGGUGACAGUGCCAUGAAGCCACACCACCUCCCUCUGGAGGUUUCCUUCAUCUGCUCCCCCCCCCCCAAUUUGCACUUUAGUUUGACCAUCACUGGGGACGUUUGGGAGAUGGGCUGCCUGUCGUGGCUGUUGACUGAAGGACUCUUUCUCCUCCACUCCAAAGUGGGUACACCUCUGGUCCCUGUGGCCUGGGCAGGAGGGCCCCGCGGCCGGGGCUGUGGCCGCACAGACAGGAUGCCUGGCUCAGGCUAGCACAAUGCCCCGAGACCUCUGUCCCUGAAUCGUGUCUAGCCGCCAUCUGUUUUGUUGUUCUGGGUAAGGAAGGCAAGAGCUGUGGGUAAAGCUGAAAAGAUACUGCUACUCAUUAAUGUGAAUGGUUUGUGCUCCCCGAGCCCUGGGCGGGCCGGGCUGAGCGUUUUGCACUAACGUGCCCCGCGGACGGACAUGGGUCGUGAGCACCUGCAGACGCACGUGGCUGAUGAUUGUACCUGCGCUGGGCUCCCUCCACGUCCUGAAUGUACCGCGCGCGGGCGGGCGGCGGUGGGCCGGCUCAGAAGGGCCUUCCAGAGUGCCUUAGCAUAUUUUGACCAUUUUUCCCAAGGAAACCCAAUUCCGGACCCGGACCCUCCCCUCCUUUGUUUACAAGAUGACCAGUUCCAGAGCUGGGGCUGCCCUGUCCCGUGAGGUGACCCUGGCUCACCCAGACCCUGUAGCCCGAGAGACGAGCCACUCAGUAUUUAUGAUGUGUCUGCACCUUAUCCCUAAGCCUGACUUUAGCAAUACGCAUAUCAUAUAUAGAGUCUAUUAUAGAGCUAAGUUACAGCAGCGCCUUUUUGGGAGGAGAGAGGACAGGACUGCAGCGGAGCCGGCGCGGAGCCGGGGUGGCGGGUGGCUGCGAGGGAGCCAGCAGCCAGCCGCUCCUGCCCUCUCCUGCCCUCCCCGGAGGGGGGACGUGGCGGAGGAGGCAGCUGGGGCAGAGUGCAAAAAGUCCAGAGAAGGGACAGGAGAUGUGGCAGAUACUGUGAGCCUGGCGGCCCGCCUGGCCGGCGCCUGGUACUUGAAUUCUGUCUUGUUCUGCACUGUGUCUGGUCUCACCCAGAGUUCUCUGUGGUUGCUCACCUUCACAUUUGGUUGUUUGUCUCAUUUUGCCCUGAAUGUGGGUGAAGCUGUGGAUGAGAGGCCGGGAAGGAGACGGGCCUGUGGAGGGCUGUGUGAGUGUCUAAGCAGACCCUCAGCACCGUCUCGGGGGGGUUCCCCAUGUGGGACAGCUGCCUGGCUGGGGCUUGAGGAAGUAAGAGCUAGCUGUCUGGUUUUCUUUGUCCUCCGUGGAGGCUCAUUCAGUGUUUGUGUUUAGAGCUGGGAGGAGGUGGCAGAAGUGGAAUUGCGGGUCUUGCGAUGGGCAGGGUGGCAACAGAACUUGUCCCCUCCAUGGGGACCCCAUGGCUACACCAAGAUGGGGGCUGACCUAGCCCAGCCUCUCUGAUGUGGCUGCCCGCGACCUCUCCCUGUUUAGCAUGAGCCUAAAUGGCUGGAACCUUAUCUGUCUGGAGCAGACUGGCCCAGCACUACCCCUCAGCUGUUUUCUGCUUGGGUUCCCCGCAGACAGGUUAUUUUUAUGGAAAUAUCCUGCUGCAAGCGGAAAAAGGCCUAUGGCCCAUUAACCAACUGAGAACUCCGAGGGAACCUCUGCCUCUGCCAGCGGUAAAUCCCGAACGCGAGAUGGAGCGUUCGCAGUUGUCUCGAGCUUUAACUACUCUUCCAGAGGGUCGCCGCUGCGUAAACUCUUCAUGGAGUCGGCCCCUCGAUGCUGCUCCUGAGCCCGAGGUGGCCAGAGCUUGGUACCAGAUGUUUCAAAAACAGCGAGGUUGCUUGUUUCUGUUUGUUUGUUUGUGUUUUUGAGGAAAAAAAAAAAAAAGAAAAUUUUGCAGAAUCUGAGGCAUUCGAAUUGGACAACCUGCUUGUAUUCUGAUCAAUUGCUUCCAUGGUUAGCAUUUUGCACAUGGCCGUGAUUUCUAUGUCAAAAGAAGCCAAAACUUGCAAUACUAUUUUUAGCAGACAAAAAAAAAAAAAAAAAGAA